AGAAAUGUGGACACAGAUGAGUAUAGAGAAAAGACCAUGUGAAGACACAGGGAGAAACCAAGCCAGAGAGACUUCAGAAGAAGCCAACCCUGCUGUCACCUUCAUCUUUUCAUAUGCUUAUUCAUCAACUGUGUAUCAUUGAGCGAAGCUUUUAGGCCGGCCUUCCUGAACUGGAGGGGGUGUGGCAUGCAUUAAAAUUAAACAUCAGUGACCUGAGGACGCUUAUAAAACAGAUUGGGAGAAGCCAGUCACCAAGAGAAGGCAUCUCAAGUUGGAUGAUUUUGCAUGUGGAAACUGCUUUCACCUUGAUAAAAAAGGUGCAUCCCCAGUCCCGCGGCCCCAGGAUGGCGCCCCUGCUGCUGCUGCUGCUGCCUGCCCUGGCCGGCCUCUUCGGAGCAGCUGAGGGACAAGCCUUCCGUCUCGGGAAGUGCCCCAGCCCUCCCGUGCAGGAGAAUUUCGACGUGAACAAGUAUCUUGGAAGAUGGUAUGAAAUUGAGAAGAUCCCAGUGAGCUUUGAGAAGGGAAAUUGCAUCCAAGCCAACUACUCGGUAAUGGAAAACGGAAACAUCAAAGUGAUAAACAAGGAGCUGAGAGCUGAUGGAACUGUGAGUCAAAUUGAAGGUGAAGCCACCCAGGAGAACAUCACGGAGCCCGCCAAGUUGGGAGUUAAGUUUUACUGGUUCAUGCCAUCAGCUCCGUACUGGGUCCUGGCCACCGACUAUGAGAACUACGCCCUCGUGUACUCCUGUACCACAAUCAUCUGGCUUUUUCACAUGGAUCAUGUUUGGAUCUUGGGAAGAAACCCUUAUCUCCCUCCAGAAACAGUGACCCGUCUCAAAGAUAUCCUGACCUCUAAUAACAUUGACGUUGAGAAAAUGACUGUCACCGAUCAGGUGAACUGCCCUGAGUUCAUGUAACCAGGCUGUAACGGGAGGCUGCAUUCCCUCCAUGUUCCUUCUUUUGCUUUGCUUUUCCCCUCACCACCCCUCAUAAAGACAAACCAAACCACCAUAGCAAACUAUUACAAACACCAGAAGGGAAACGUGACCGCAGGAGCUAGGGGAGAGGAACUCAAGGCAAGUUGGCCCAGACACUUAGCCACGCACCAUCCUGUUACCUUGCGAGCCUGAUAAUAAACUUGCUGCUGACCUGCUGUGCUCA